AUGCCAGGUCUGACAAUCGGAGACACCAUUCCAAACCUUGAAGUCGAAACCACCCAUGGCAAGAUGAAGCUCCAUGACUACAUUGGAGAUAGUUGGACCAUUCUCUUCUCUCAUCCUGGUGAUUUCACGCCAGUGUGCACUGCUGAACUUGGGAAGAUGGCAGCUUAUGCUGAGGAGUUUGCCAAACGAGGAGUGAAGCUUUUGGGCUUGUCCUGUGAUGAUAUUCAGUCUCACAAGGAGUGGAUCAAGGACGUUGAAGCCUUCAGCUGUGGGUGCAAGGUCACAUUCCCAAUCAUAGCAGAUCCAAACAGAGAGAUCAUCAAGCAACUGAAUAUGGUGGACCCGGAUGAAAAAGACUCUAAUGGAAACCAACUUUCAUCUCGUGCCCUCCACAUCGUGGGCCCCGAUAAAAAGAUAAAGCUGAGCUUUCUUUACCCGGCGUGCACCGGGCGUAACAUGGACGAAGUGUUGAGGGCACUGGAGUCAUUGCAGAAGGCGGCGAAGCUCAAGAUAGCUACUCCGGCGAACUGGAAACCUGGUGAGCCGGUGGUGAUCUCUUCAAGUGUGUCGGACGAGGAGGCCAAACAGAUGUUGCCUCAGGGUUACCAGACUGUUGAACUUCCAUCCAAGGAGGGUUACAUGCGAUUCACUAAAGUCUAA